AUGGCCCACAUACGCUUUGCCUCCAGUGACAAAGAGGAAUGGUACGAUUGGUACAAAAGACUUGGCGCACAUCCCGAGGCAUCAGAGAAGGAACUCAAGAAGGCAUAUUACAAGAGAGCCAAAGUUGAGCAUUCUGAUAUUGAUAAGACACCAGGCGCCAAGGCUAGGUUCCAAAAUCUUCGAGAUACUUACGAGAAUCUGUGCGAUCCAUCGAAAAGAAAGACACAUGACCAAGAGAGGCUUGACAGGCACAAGGCUGCAGCAGCAGAGACUGCACGCAUGAUGGCUUCCCGGCCCUCGGUUGCGGACGCCUUAAAGGCUAAGUGGGAGGCUGAGGAGGAAUAUCUGCGAAAACUUGAAGAGUUCCGAAAAAGAGAGACCAGAAAGGACACCCAGCCAGCAUCGCCACAAACUUCUCCUCACAGACAACAGAAGCAAGACGCAAAUAAGCCAAGAGAAAGCCCACAAAAACCUCAAGAUACGAAAACACAGCGCUCUAAAGAAGCUGCCCCGAAAGGGAGGCAGCGGCAGGCAGAGCCAGAGAGGACGGAGGAGAGCCGAAGGAGGGAGCAGAAGAUGGCAGAGGAGGAACUCGCGAAAAGAAAAGCCGUUGCUAAGCAGAAGAGACUCAAAGAAGACGCAGCUAGGAAAAAGGCUGAGGAAAACGAGCGCCUGCAGGAGCGAAUACUAGUCAUCCGGUCCCUCCCUCCAGGGACAAAGCUGGAAGAUGUCUUUGACCCUCUCAUCAAGUUGGCUCCCGGUCCAGUCUUCCGCGCAACUCUGUGGUCAAACAACAUGGUCGAGAUCGAGUUUUGCACAGAAGCCGCAGCCAGAGUCAUUUUUUAUCUGGCUAAGAAGGACCAGCUUUACAUAAGAGACAGGUCUGUCAUCAAUUUUGAGCUCACCCGGUCAAAGAACGAGCUGCCGGUCAUCAGCAACAAGUCGCGUGUUUUGGUCCUGCGCAAGAAAGGGUUCGAGGGCAUAACUUUGAAGAAUGAGAGUCUUCGGAGCUUCUUCACGAGAUUCAAUUUGCAAGUAGAACGGAUCGUGGAACACCCGCCGGCUGCCUGGAGUUCCGUCACAGUUCGCUUGGCCUCGUGGGCAGACGCUGAGAGAGCGAUGAGGCUGCUUGCUAAAUCUCAGCCACACGUCAAUGUCCAAUACGGACCGGAUCCAUGCGGAAUGAAGGACAAUAUGGCGAGGUCGAAGGUCAAAUUGUCUGGCUCGGAGGAUACGGAGCAAGAGGAGACAAAGUCAUUAGAUUCGGUCGGUGACCUGGUCUCUAAUCUUUUCUUCAUAGGCCUGCUCCUUUUGAUGGUUGCCUUCUUCUGA